AUGGAUCAUUUGUUCAGCAAUCAUACCGCAACAAAUAGUGAAACUCCAUCAAAUUUGGUCCUCCCACCACCACCGCCGAUGUGGUAUCCACCCCUAUACCCCGCCCCACCAUACGGUAUAGACCCACUACACUUUUUCAUCGAUUUAAGAGUAUCGGGACACAUCUACGACAGAAAAAAUCAAAAUAAGGACCCACCUUCCACCAUUGUAAGUCCUUUGGUCAAAGAUAAAAGCCCGUCAGUAUCGCCAUUUAAGUUGGAAGAACCUCCGAACAAGUUGUCCAAAGAUUUCUUCAAGCAAUCCAGACACUCUUCAGCGUUUUCUGUACCUAUACCAUCGAGUAAUAAGAGCCCCAUGAACCUAACUCACUUGAAUCAAAAUGAGAACAAACAAACUAAGUUUGAUGUGAAGUCCAUGGGGUUUGAUAAAAGCUCAAACAAAGUAAGCACCAAUUAUAUCAUGGGUAACAUCAAUAAUAUCUAUAGUAGUGUUCGGUGCACCAAAUUAGACAAAUUUGAGGACACCCCUAGUAAACAAGAUGAAGAAAUCAAACAUCAUGACGAUGAGGAAACUAAUAGAUCCAAAAAACUUAAAACCUUACUGGAUCUCGAGUAUGUUGUGGACUAUAUGAAGAAUGCAAAAAAUACACAAAAUUCAUCAGCGGAAUCCAAUUCCUCUGAAGUAGAGUCCAUAGGAAGUCCAGCUUUGGAAGUGGUAGCUCUACAAGAUGAGAACUAA